AACAAAUCGCCAAUGGCUUCCUCCCUCCUCUAACCUCCAUCUCCUCCACCCUCCCCCUCUCUCUCUUCCUCACGAGAGCGAAUAAGAAACCCUAAUCACCAAUCCUUCCCUCCCUCGCUUUCUCUUCUCGUCCAAGUCCUCGCCGGAUCCGUCUUUGGCGCCACCGAUCGCCGCCGCGGAUGGCGAAGAUGUCCCACGGCGACACCAUUCCCCUCCACCCCUCCUCCCAGUCCGACAUCGACGAGAUCGAGAACCUCAUGAUCGCCGGCCCCGCCAACGUCCUCCCCGCCCGCCCCCCAAGCCCUCCCCGCGCCUCCAUCCCAGUCUCCUCCUCCCCCUUCCUCCCCUCCAACCUCCCCCCUCCUCCCCCCUCUGCGCCCGCCGCCGCCUACCACAAGGCCCCCAUCUCCGCCUCCCCGCCAGACGCCGCCUACCACAAGGCCCCGAUCUCCGCCUCCCCACCAGCCGCCGAGACUUCCCGCGGCGGCAUCGCCGCCGAUGGCUUCGGCUCGCUGCCCAAUACGCUGACGGAGCCGGUCUGGGACACCGUCAAGCGGGAUCUGUCGCGGAUCGUGAGCAAUCUGAAAUUGGUCGUGUUCCCCAACCCCUACCGGGAGGAUCCGGGAAAGGCGCUCCGGGAUUGGGAUCUCUGGGGGCCCUUCUUCUUCAUCGUCUUCCUCGGGCUCACUCUUUCUUGGUCGGCGUCCUUGAAGAAGUCUGAAGUAUUUGCUGUUGCAUUUGCUGUCCUUGCAGCUGGUGCUAUUAUUCUCACAUUAAACGUUCUACUUCUGGGCGGGCACAUAAUAUUCUUCCAGAGUCUGAGUCUUCUUGGAUACUGUCUUUUUCCUCUGGACGUUGGAGCUGUCAUUUGCAUGCUGAAGGACAAUGUCAUAAUCAAGAUAAUUGUGGUGUCUAUAGCAUUGGCAUGGAGCUCAUGGGCAGCAUACCCAUUUAUGAGUGCAGCUGUUAAUCCAAGACGGAAGGCCUUGGCUCUGUAUCCUGUUUUCCUCAUGUAUAUCUCUGUUGGCUUUUUAAUCAUUGCAAUAGAUUAAGGAGUCGAUCUGUCAUCACUUUGCGAUUUUCGUAGGCUGCGAACCCCUUUUUCAUUUAGUCACCAAGACAUAUACAAGUAUAGAUAGACAUUUUGUUGUACUGGCCUCUUUGGUCUUGUUUUGUAGUUGUUAGAGAAUUGUACGCACUUCUUGGCUUAAAGUUGGAAAAUGCUGGUUGCUGCUGGCUUUGUAUCUUCGAGGGUUCCAUAUUGUAGGUCCGGAGUCUCACACCUGGCCACAAGAAUCAAGAUGCCUGUAUAUUUUCAUUUGGUUAAAACCAAAGAACUUGUGCGAAAUGACACUGAAUGUUUUGUCUUCC